AUGGCUUCCAAAGAGGAGCCGGUCUGUCAGAUCUUCUCAUUUCAGGACUGUAAAACUUCUCCCGAUCCGAUCUUCGAGCUUCCCGCCCACUACCUGACCCCCACACCGGCCCCGAUAGUGAUCGAUAAUGGCUCCUUCCAGACCCGGGCCGACUGGGCGGCUCCAGCGGCGGAGGUUGCUGCUCCGCGAUUGCUCUUCAGGUCAGUGGCGGCGCGCAGCAGAGGAGCCGCACGCAGCGACACUCAGAUCGGCAACGACAUCCCUAACCUGGAGCCUCUGAGGUGGCUGCUGAAAAGCCAGUUCGACCGAAACGUGGUGGUCAACUUCGAGAUCCAGGAGCUGAUCUUUGACCAUGUGUUUACACACCUGGGCAUCACCUCAGAGGGCAGUGUUAACCACCCCAUCGUGCUGACAGAGGCGUCCUGCAAUCCGCUACACUGUCGGCAGAUGAUGUCAGAGUUACUGUUCGAGUGCUACCAGGUCCCGCACGUCUCCUAUGGCGUGGACGGCUUGUACAGUUUCUACCACAAUAACGCUCAAAGGAACCUCCAGUCUCCACACAACGGGAUCAUUCUGUCAUCAGGAUACCACUGCUCACACAUCCUGCCUGUCAUCAACGGCAGGUUGGAUGCAGUCAACUGUAAGCGUGUGAACGUGGCUGGGAGUCAGGCAGCAUCUUACCUGCAGCGCCUCCUCCAACUGAAAUACCCAGGUCACCUCACCGCCAUCACACUCAGCCGCAUGGAGGAGCUACUGCAUGAACACAGUUACACUGCUGUAGAUUAUCAUGAAGAGCUGGAAAAGUGGCGCAGCCCAGAGUAUUAUGAGCGGGAGGUUCAUCGUAUGCAACUUCCCUUCUCGGGCAAGGUACCGGGCGGCUGUGUGAGCGUGGAGGAGAGGCAAGAGAGACGAGCUCAGCAGCUUCGACGGCUUCAGGAGAUCAAUGCUCGUCGCAGGGAAGAGAAACUGCAGCAGGAUCAAGAGAGGCUGGACAGACUGCUGGCCGUACAGGAGCUGCUGGAGGACGGCCUGUUGGAUCACUUUCAUAAGAGCCUGGUGGAGCUCAACAUGGACUCUGCUGAAGAGCUGCAGUCGUACAUCAACAAGCUGCAGCUGGCUGUGGAGCAGGGUCGACAGAAACUGCUGCACAGCGACACAGCAGAGGGGAAGACGGAGGUGUCUGAGCUGGAGCAACCCAUGGACGAGGGAGACGGAGUGGCGCUGAUGGAUCCUGACUUCCCUGAGGACACGCUGCCAGAAAAAACUGCUAAUGUGGCUCAGCCGGUGUUCAACAUGGCAGAGUACCAUCAGCUGUUUGUGGGGACGGAGCGUCUGCGGUGUCCAGAGAUCCUCUUCCAGCCCUCGCUGUCUGGAGAGGACCAGAUGGGACUGAUGGAGACGCUGCAGUACGUCCUGGCCAGGUACACUCCAGAGCAGCAGGAGGCACUGGUGAGCAAUGUGUUUCUGACAGGAGGGAACAUGCAGUACCCUGGGAUGAAGGACAGAGUGGAGAGAGAACUGCGAGCUAUGAGGCCUUUCCAGUCACACUUCAAGGUGACCAUGGCGUCACGGCCGGCCUUGGACGCCUGGUAUGGGGCAAGAGACUGGGCCUUGGAGCAUCCACCUGGAGGUGGGGCAGCAGAGGGAUGGAUCAGCAGACAGGACUACGAGGAGAAAGGAGGCGAGUACCUGAGCGAGCACGGUUCCUCUAAUGUCUUCAUUCCCAUGAAGAUCGCCAAACCAGUUCCUGCUCGUCCCGCUGAGCCUUCUGUUACCAUGCCAACAGUAACAGGAACUACUACAGCCGUCACCACGGUUACAUCUGCUCUGACCUCUUCCUCUUCUGCUGUUACUGCUGAUGUUCGCAUGGUUACCUCCUAAUCUGAGAGAGCCACUCGAUUCAACAUAUAAAGGAGAAACCCACCAUCAGCUGUGUUUUCAGUGUUGAAUCAGACUCUGAUGUUCAUUUCAUUUCAUUCCAGGAAUUAUUUUCUUUUGUUCUCUUGUACCCUCUUGGUGCACCCACUUUCAUUGAACUGCUUCUACUUCAGCAAGUGACUUCUUAUGUUUCCAAGAAUGUCUUUCAGAAAGCUCAAGAGAGCAAUGUGUCAACUUGAAGCAAAAGGGCUGACACAUCAAUUCACUGUUUACUAUUUGAUGUUUCAGGCAACCUGAACUGCAUAAACUGACUAACUGGAAAUGAAAUAUAUCUCCAUGUAACAUUACAUCACCUGAUAAAGUAGUUCUCUGUUUUAAAUUAGAAAAUUAGAAAAUACAUCGCUAAGCAACAGUAUAGGCCUGGAUCCAAUCUACAUUAGCAGUAGCUGUUUUUUCCACUUUUCCUUUAACCACGUUCUUGUUCUCCAGUGAAUUUUGCAACUUCCUGUCUGGAACUGUUGCAAAUACAGCUUUGAUUGUUCAUAUUGAAUGGUCAUCAAAUUAAUUGU